AUGGGUUUCAGCAGAGCAACAUUGGGCUUUACAGGCCUGUUUUUCAUGGCAGGGUCGAUCUUGUUGAUCUUCCUCACUCUAUUAGGAGGUGUAACCAACACCACACCACUGAACCGAAUCUACUUCCUCCAGGCGGACACGGGGAAUAUCCCAGGUGCACCGGCGACCUCGCGUUGGACAUUCUGGAACCUCUGUGAUGUGAAGGACGGCAAGAAUCAUUGCGGAGAUACCCAUGUCAAUUUCCCAUUCGACCCCCCAAGCCACCGUAACUUCGACACCACCCAAAAUGUCCCUCAUGAGUUUAUCGGAACGAAUCACUACUUCUUGACCUCGCGGUUCAUGUUCCCCUUCAUCAUUAUUGGUCUGUUCUUUGCCGUGUGCUCGUUCUUCACCGGUAUGCUGGCCAUCUGCACCCGCGUGGCCAGCUACCUCUCCGGUUUCCUGGCCUGGGUCGGUCUGACUUUCCAGAUCAUCACGACCUGUCUCAUGACUGCUGUCUUUGUCCAGGGCCGCCAAGCAUUCAAGCAUAAUGGCCAGGGCGCACACCUGGGUGUCAAGGCAUUCGCCUUCAUGUGGACCGCAUCUGUCUGCCAGUUCCUUGCCUGCUUGCUAUACUGUCUCGGUGGUGCCGUCGGCCGGAAAGAUACUAGCAGUGGAUACAGUGGACGCUCGGAGCGCCGCCGUGGUUUCUUCUCCUCGCAGCGCUCAAACAGCGUGAAAAGCCAGAAGAAGGAGGCCACGAACUACGCUUAA